CCGAAAGGCGGUGCGGGCCGAGCGGCCAUGGCGGGGCAGCGGCCGCAGCGCUGCCCGCUCCUGGUGCGCGGCCCCUGGGGCGCCGCCGGGCCGCCGCCUGCCCUCGGCAAGAAGCUGCUCUGCUACUUCCAGAGCCAGAAGCGAUCGGGCGGCGGCGAGUGCGAGCUGCAGCCCGGCAGCGGGGACGGGCAGGUCCUCGUCUGCUUCGCGCAGCCCGAGGUGAGGCAACGAGUUCUUCAGAAACAGUGUCACAGGCUGGAUGUGGGAGGAAAAGAAUUGGAGUUGAUUGUCACAGACCCUGAAGGAGCAGUAGCUGCUGAAGAGAACACAUUUCCAGAAAAAUCAGUUCCCACAAAGGGUCUGGAUGCCACAAGCGACCUUCAAACAAAAGAUGAUGCAGAAGCCUUGCAGAAUGCAGAGAGUUCUGUUCCAAGCAGUGAACACCAGGAGGAGCCUGGCACUGCAGAGAACAUUGCAGAAGAGUCUGCAGAGACCUCACCUUCGGUGGUGUUUGAAAACAUGGGAUGCAAUUCAGAAUACUUCAUUAUCCUGUUGGAGAACAUCAGCGGCCUGUCAGAUGAUGACUUCACUGUGGAAGAGAUACCUGAGCUAAAUGUUGCUGUAGCUACUUUUAAAAAAAGGAUUGAUACUGAAGAGUUUGUCAAAAAAUGUUCACAGCACAAAAGAGUUAGGCAACUAAAAAUUAGUGCCAGGCUUCUUGAAUUGACCCAGAGCAUCAAGGCUGAAAACCUCCCAGCCAACAUUUCCACAGACUACAUCACCAUGUACUUCGAGAGUGGGCGGAGUGGAGGGAAGUCUGUGUCAAAUGUCCAGCUCUUCCCUGAGGAGAACUCGGCCAUCGUUACUUUCCAUGAUCACAAAGAUCUAAACACUGUCUUGGAAAAGCAGCAUUUACUGGAAGAGAGACAGAUUUCUGUGCAUCCGUAUUACCCUUCCCUGGGAACAGUCCUCUAUGGAAAAGAAAGACCCCCUCUCAAGAUGCCAGACCCUGUUGGGGUGCCACUAGAUCCACAUGUCUGGCAGUUUUUACAAAGGCAGGCUAACCUGAUCCAAGACAUAAACCAGGAGAUGGCAGUUUGCCAUUGCGAGCUAAAAUGGCCACAGAAGGACUGUGCCCACCCAGAAGUUACACUGUGCCCCUCGUUACCUCUUCCUGAGCUGAAAAAGCCAGUGGUUCAGUUGAUCAAGACAUGGAAGCAAGCUGCCUCUGCUGAGUUCUCACGUCUCAUGUCACAUUACGUGGCUAUAAAGUGUAGAGUAGGUUCAGUGGGUUGGGAAGAUGUGAGAAAGAGUCUGGAGAAGGAUGUUGCUCUGCUCAUAACUGACCUUCCUGAGGAGACGGUGGUGAUUGCAGGCAACAGAGCAGCAGUGGACAGAGCAGAGAAAGUCGUGAGGGAAUGGAUGGAAAACACCAUGAAGGAGACUGAAAGAGAGAACCAAAGCAUAGAAAUUUCUGUGCCAGUGGUGCCAGGGCAGUAUGCUGUUCUGCAAAAUGCUGGGCUGGAAGAGAAAAUUCGCCAAGAGUAUCCGUGCUUGAAGAUCUUUUAUGAUGACACAAAAAAAACUGUUCAGUUGCGUGGAUUGCCUGCAGAGGUAUAUGUCGUCAAAGCUGACUUACUGGAAAAGGUAUUGAACAUACCACAUACUUUAGUUACAGUUGAUCUCCAUGUUCUCAACUAUCUACAGGUUGUAGAUAAUAAAGCAAUGUCAGAGUUGUUAUUCACUGGGAAAAAUAUUAAUGCUUUUUAUGAGCGUAAUAGUCUGCGGAAUGAUACUGUGAUGCUAUUUGGAAAUACCUCCAAGGAUAUUUUGGAAGCAGAAAAGCAAAUAAAGACAGGCUUAGAAUAUAUGUGCAUUGACGUGGGGGACGAUGAGGUCAUUAAAAAGGAGGAGUGGAAGAACCUUCUUGCCUCCUCGCUUAAGAAGCACAAUUCUUCCCAGGAAAGUCUAGUCAUUGAUGGACCUGUUGGAAAAGAAAAUAAAAUUAUUAUUACUGGCUUAUCUAAGACUGUAAAAAAGGUUUAUCAGAAAUUUAGUAAUUUCCUAGAUAGGAACAUACAAGUGGAAAAAGUAAUCCCAGCUAAGUCAGCGAUUGCCGUGCAGUUUGUAGAGGAGAAAAAAUCUAAUGUUUAUCUUGACUUGAGGAAGAAAGGUGUGACAGUAUGUUUUGACACCAAGACACCAUGUAUUUUUCUGGGUGGACCAAGAGCAGAAGUGUCAAAAGCAGUAACCAUGUUUGAAAAAAUUCUGUCAUCCCUUCACUCAAAAAAUGUGACAAUCGAUAAACCAGGAGCUAAAAACUUCUUCACUGAGAGGAAAGAUUCACAUGUUCUUGAGGCAAAGCAGAAGUUUAACUGUUUGAUUAGGCUGGAAGAACAACAACAACAGAAGGGUGAAGCAGUUGGUAAUAAAGAGAAAAGAAAGCUCUACCAUGAGGUAGUGCUGCCAGAUGGGGUUAUAGUGGCAGUGUAUAAAGGUAACUUAUGUAAUUACCCAGUUGAUGUUGUGGUCUGUCCAUCUAAUGAAGACUUGCAACACAUCAGUGGUUCUGCUGAGGCACUGUCAGAAGCAGCUGGCCCAGAGCUGCAAGAGGAGUGCAACGAGCUGGUGAGGAAGAACGGGCGUUUGCAGCCUGGCUGUGUAGUUAUCACGGGCGCUGGGAAGCUGCCCUGCAAGAGUGUCAUUCAUGCUGUUGGGCCCAGGUGGGUGAAGCAUGAACCAGAGGAUUGCUUGUCCUUGAUAAAAGCUACAGUGAAGAAAAGUCUACAGCUGGCUGAAACAUACAAUUACCGCUCCAUUGCUCUGCCCGCUGUAAGCGGAGGGAUUUUUGGCUUCCCACUGCAGACCUGUACACAUUCAAUUGUAUCCUCCAUCAAGGAGACCUUGGAAGAAUCCAAGUUGGACAGCAGCUUGAAGGAGGUUCAUCUCGUGGAUGAUGUGGAAGAAGUAGUUCAGGUUCUGAGCGAGACCGUAAAAAGAGUGUUUACAGCUAAAUCAUUCUCCGUGAUACUGAGGAUGCCCCGCUCAGAGAGCUGCAAGAUGAAAGAAAGCCAGGAGGAUCUGCAGGUGGUUACAACAAAUGAAGGACUUUGUAUCCGAGUAGAGGAGAAAAACAUCCAGGAAGCCACGACGGAUGUUAUUGUCAACAGUGUUGGCAAAGAUCUGAAGUUUGGUGUGGGACCUCUUUGCAAAGCCGUGCUGGAAAAGGCUGGAAUUGCACUCCAAUGGGAGUUUGACCUAGAAAAAGAAAGGCAGGAAGCUGCUCGAGGAAGUGUGGUCUGCACCAGCGGAUGUGCUCUGACCUGCAAGUCCGUGCUUCAUGCCAUACUGCCUCUCUGGGAUGGAGAAAGAGGACAGGCCUUGAAGACCCUAAAAGAUAUAAUCAAUUUCUGCUUGAAGAAAACGGAAGAACUUGGACUGAAAUCGAUCACUUUCCCAGCUAUUGGAACUGGAGGAUUUGGAUUUCCUAAAUACAUUGUUUCUAAGCUAAUGUUUGAUAUGGUCUUCGAGUUUAGUCGUACUCACACUCGGAAGACUCUCCAGGAAGUUAAUUUUUGCUUGUAUCCAACGGAUAUGGGUAACAUUGAGGCUUUCACCAUUGAACUAGGACACAGGAUAGCUGAAAGUUGUGAUGCUACAGCAGCAAGGGCAGGUUCCAUGAGGCCUGUUCCAACUGAAGUAGUGGGAGUUCAUAAAAUGCGGAUUGGUCCCAUUAAGCUUCAAGUAGCUAAUGGAGAUAUUACCAAGGAAGAUACAGAUGUUAUUGUAAACAUAGCAAAUGAAAAAUUUGAUGCCAAAUCAGGGGUCUUCAAAGCAAUCAUGGAUGCUGCAGGUUCCCAGGUAGAAGAUGAAUGUGCUCAAUAUGGUCAAGGAGGACUGAAUCCAGCAAACGUAGCCGAUGACAUGUUGGAUGCCAUAGUGGAAUUUGCAAACCAAAGAUCAGUACGGAACCUGAAACAAAUUAAAAUCAUAGUCUUCCAGAGAGCUAUGCUCAGAGACUUUUACUCCAGCAUGAAGAAGAGAAAAGAUUCAGAUUCAUCCACAAAAAAAUCACAGUUGUCUCAAGUUAGAUCUCGUUUUUUGCGCAGAAUCCAACCCACUGAGAAGAAAAAGCCCAAGGCUUUGAAGAAGAAAGUUGAUUUAGCUACAUUUCAAAUUUGUGGAGAAAGCAAAAAAAAAGUGGAUGAAACAGAGUCCUGGAUAAAUGAAUUAAUUUCAAAGGAACAGUUUGAAAACAGUAUUUCAGAUGAGCUAAUCGAAGAUUUUGAUGACAGCCAUAUUGACACCUUGGCAGAUCUCCAGAAAAGAAAGGAUGUUAAAAUUCAGUUUGAAAAUACACUUUCCCCUCCCUUGAUUAAAAUUUCUGGUAUUAGCAAGGACGUCUGGUUUGUUUCUGGGGAAGUUCAAAAAAUGAUCCAAAACAUUAGGGAUACUGAAGAAGAACAAUCCAAGGCAGAACUUGCUUUUAACCUGGUCGAAUGGAGGUAUCCUGGAAGCAAUGGCAGCUUUGUUACUUUUGAUAAACUGACAAAUAUGCAGCUGGAGGAUGCCAAAAUAGCUAAAAAACCACAUCUUGCUGUCAAAAUUAACAACAGCAACUACAAGGUGGAUCUGAAUAGUCUACAGGCUACUGAUGACCAAGGGAAAACUAUCAACAUUCAACGUGUGCCAAAGAAUGAAGACAAGCAGGCAAUAGAGCUCCCUAUGCAUUGGGAAGACAUGAAAGAGGAACGGGUCAAACUGGUGAAUCUCCAGCCAUCAUGUCAGGAAUAUCUGGAAGUUGAGAGACAAUUUCGGAAAAGCUGUCCCACCAUGGUCAUAGAGAAGAUUGAAAGAAUGCAAAAUCCCUACCUUUGGCAGACAUACCAAAUAAAAAAAAUAUCUCUCUGUGCAAAGAACAAAAAUGAAAAUAAUGAGAGGAUGCUAUUUCAUGGGACAACUGCAUCCUCAUUGAGCAACAUCAACUACAAUGGAUUUAAUCGUGCGUUUGCUGGAAAGAAUGCUGCAGCAAUUGGAAAUGGAACCUACUUUGCUGUUAAUGCAAGUUACUCUGCUAGGGAUACUUAUUCCAGACCAGACAAGAACAACAGAAGAUACAUGUACUUGGCUCGGGUCCUCACUGGGCAGUACUGUGCUGGGAGAAGAGGACUAAGAACCCCACCACCAAAAAACCCAGUAGAUCCUUUUGACCUGUUUGACAGCGUGGUUGAUGAUGUGACGAAUCCAUCAAUGUUUGUCAUAUUUAAUGACAUUCAGGCAUAUCCUGAAUACCUUAUCACUUUCAAAAAACAUUUUUAAUAGUCUGGAAAACUUCUAGUGCCUUUUACGUGUAGGAGUUAGCAGGACACUUCUUGAUUCUCAUUUGUAUCUAGGUUUCUUAAGUGCUUAUUUCUCUAGCUGUGUGUUUAAAUAAUUUGAAGAUUUAUCAACACAAUGAGGCCAGAAUAAGCAAAUAUUUUAGAACAUGUACUUUCAAUACUCACAUUUCAGAUUCAGUUAUGGGGAGGUGUAGGCAGGAACAGCCCUGACCUCUUCCUACACAGGGCAGAGGGGAGUGGUAGGAGAAGGACCUGCUCUGCUUCACCCAUGGCCUGAAGCAGGAGGUGUAGAUAGGUCUAUACAUCUUCCUAUUUCCAAUACUCCCCCUAAAGCAUCAAGUGGCUGGCUGCCUGUGAGCUUUUAUUUAAAGCACUCAGUGUUGGACCAUAACCUCUCUGGCCAGCAGAGUUUUCAGUCAUUCUGAGCCAUCCACUCAGAUUUGUUGGUGCUAAGAGCCCUACAGAAACAAGCAUGCACUUUGCUUUCAUUGUUUUCCCCCCCCAUUAUGCUCUUGGGGCAGACUCUGUUAGUCCUUAGGUAUAAAUUCCCAUAUAUCCUAUAUUUCUGUAUAUCUUUUAUUCCUAUAUUCCUAUAUAUAUAUAUAUAUAUAUAUACAUAUGUAUGCCUAUAGGGACAUUUUCUAUGGUCCCUCACAUUGUGUACAUCCCUCUUCCACAUACAAAGCCAUUGCUUUGGCAAUUUUAAAGACAGUAAUGAGGGACUUUUAAUUUCUUCUUGUCAGUAUUGAAACAUUAACCCUUCAGCAGAAUUACAAAUUUGCAGAACCACCUAGAGUUAGCAAGCUUAAGCCAUUUGAAAAUUUUUAGAGCUCUAUAAAGCACAUAAAGACAUUAGCACAUCUCUGCAUGCUGUGCACCUAAUUACAGUGAGAGACCAGAUAUCAGCCAUAUACACGUGCUUCUAAUAAAAGCAGUUUCAAACA